UAUAACAAUACACUACUCGUCAAUACCGGCACACUCUUGUUUCGUGGCGGCGAUGAGGUGUGCGCUAUUACUGGCUCUUGUGGGGGCGACCCUCGCUGAGGUUCACUUCAAGGAGACGUUCGACGAUGGAGAUGCUUGGAGACAACGAUGGGUGGACUCUGUUUUCAAAGGUGAUGAUCAAGGUAAAUUUGAGCUAACCGCGGGCAAAUUCUACGGCGACGCGGAAAUCUCCAAAGGUCUCAAAACGUCUCAAGACGCCCGCUUCUACGGCCUGUCGAGCAAGUUCGAUAAGUUCACCAACGAAGGCAAAAAUCUGGUCAUCCAAUUCAGCGUUAAGCAUGAGCAGAAUAUCGAUUGUGGGGGCGGUUACGUUAAACUCUUCCCUUGCGAUCUCGAUCAAGCGCAAAUGAAUGGAGAUUCUCCUUACGGUAUCAUGUUCGGUCCCGAUAUCUGUGGCCCUGGUACCAGGAAAGUUCACGUAAUUUUCAAUUACAAGGGUACCAAUCAUCUGAUUAAGAAAGAUAUCCGUUGUAAGGACGACGUGUUCACCCACCUGUACACAUUGAUCGUCAAGCCGGAUCAGACCUACGAGGUACUCAUUGACAAUGAAAGUGUCGCUGCUGGAUCUCUCGAGGAGGAUUGGGACUUCCUGCCCCCGAAGAAAAUCAAAGAUCCCGAAGCCAAGAAACCGGAAGAUUGGGACGAACGUGAGAAAAUCGAUGAUCCUGACGACAGCAAACCCGAGGAUUGGGACAAGCCUGAGUACAUACCCGAUCCGGAAGCGAAGAAACCCGAAGAUUGGGACGAUGAGAUGGAUGGCGAAUGGGAACCCCCUCAAAUCACAAAUCCAGAGUACAAGGGUGAAUGGAAGCCCAAGAAAAUCGACAACCCAGCCUACAAGGGGAAAUGGAUCCAUCCAGAGAUCGAUAACCCCGAAUAUAAGGCUGAUGACAAAAUUUACCUCCAGAAGGAAAUCUGCCACAUCGGAUUGGACUUGUGGCAAGUGAAAUCCGGAACUAUUUUCGAUAACUUCCUCAUCACCGAUGAUAUCGAAUACGCCAAAAAAUUCGGCGAGGAAACCUGGGGAGCGGUGAAAGACGCCGAGAAAAAAAUGAAGGAAGAACAAGAUGAGGCUCAAAAGAAGAAGGAUGACGAAGAGGCUAAGAAAAUGGAGGAGGAACUCGACAAGACCAAGACCCCUGAAGACGAUGAAGUCGGUGAGGAAGAUGACGACUCCGAACCGGUGGAGACUCCAGACAAAGACGAUCACGACGAGCUCUGAGCGCGCGGCCUAGAAAAGACUGGUUUCGGACGCCGGAACUCAGGUACUCAUGGUCGAUACUUCUGAGUGGAGCCGCUGCUGCCAUCUGCCAAAUAUCGGGCUUCCGUUUUUCAUAGAUGUAAAUAAACUAUACAGAUCUUUAUUUAUUUAAUAAAAGAUGUCUUAGAUUCUUU